AUGUCUUCCCAACCUAUUCGAAUUGGUAUUAUUGGUACUGGUAUCUUUGCUCAUCGCCACAACAGAGCCUAUCAAGCUGUUGGCAACGAAAAGUUUCAGUUGGUUGCUUGCGCCAACAGAUCCAAGGAUAAGGCUGUAGCCUUUGCAAAAGAGGUUGGAAUUGACGAGUCUGCUGUAUAUACCAAUCCUAUGGAUCUUAUCAAUGAUCCCAAUGUUGACGCGGUUGAUGUUCUUUUGCCUGUCCAGUUCAAUAGAGAGAUUAUUGAAGCUGCUGUAGCUGCCAACAAGCACAUUAUGUUUGAGAAGCCUAUUGCCGCUAAUCUCAAGGAUGCUCGCGAAAUUGUAUUAUUAUCACAAAAGGCCAAGACGGUUGUUGCAGUAAACGAGAACUGGUCAUAUCAUCCUUUGGUGUGUGCUGUAGCCGAGUUUGUCUAUCAAGGAGGCAUCGGAGAGAUCAUUAACUUUACCUAUGACUCAGCUCGCCCUUAUAGUCCCAACUCACCCUAUCAUGCUACCAAAUGGCGUCAAAAUCCUGAACAUCCAGGUGGAUAUCUCAGUGAUGGAUGUGUGCAUGACAUGGCACAUUUAGUGCCUAUUCUCGGUAAGUUCGCAUCUGUUGCUGCUUUUGCCACCAAGAGACAUGCUAUUCAUGUGUGCGAGGAUACUUUGGCCACCACCAUCAAGCUUGAAAACGGCGGCGUGGGUGUUGCCAACUUUACCUUUAGCACUGCCGGUAUCAAAAAGAUGAGUCUUGUUGUGCAUGGCACCAAGGGCACUAUCGAACUUACUGAUGACACUGAUGUCAAGUUGUUCAAUGAACUUGGUGAAUCUGUCGACAUUUCUCCCAUCACAUCCCUUAAGGCAAAUGCUCCUGGUAAUGGAUUGGCUGAUGUGGAAGGUGAACUCUCUGCAUUCUAUGAUGCUGUGCGCUCUGGAAAGAAGUUGGGCGUGUCCACUGAAGAGGCUUUCCAUCACCUUGCUCUUAUUGUUGCAGCCCUGAAAUCAGUCGAAACUGAACAGACUGUCACAAUUGAGCAGGUGUAA